CUUGUAUAUUUCAAACUAAACAAGAAUUAUUAACAUUACCUACAUUUUACAAAAUGAAUAUAACAUCCAUAUGGUCUGAAGACUUUAUAGCUGCUAAGAAUUUAGCAGCAUCCUUAGAUAGAAAUAUUAUAUUCAUAAAUACAAUGCCUUUCUAUGAUGCUUUCGUAGUUCUGCCUUAUAUAGAAGUAUUCAAAGUUCCACUGCCUAAGAAUAUCGAUAAUUUGAAUGAAGAUCAGUAUAUAAUAAACAUGAUACAGCCAAUAAGAAAAACAGAACAUAUACAACAUAUACAAACAUCUAUAAAUCCAAUUUACAAUUUUUUGUUUUAUGACGGUGCAUGGCAAAAACCUAUAAAACAUACUUAUUGGAUACAACACAAUGUUGUAAGAGCGAAUGCAUCGAGAGAUGAUAUUAUCAAAUGCGUCGCAUCAGCUAGAAAAGGAUUCAAUAGUUGGAGUAUUCUACCUUCUCGGUCCAGAAUUAAAAUAUUAAGUCAGUUAUCACAUGUAUUACGUUACAGUGGUAUCUUUAACUUAGCGCUGAUAGUCUCAAACUGGGUGCUAUUCUCAAAAUGGUACAAAUCUUCAUUAUCUUUUGCUAAAUUUGGAUUUGCCAUGUCAGCAAAAGUCCGUAAACCGAAAGGCAUUAUCACAUUGAUGGAGGAAGAUGGGACAGUUCUGUUUGAUAAAUUGAUACAGAGCUUAGUCAUCGGCAACACUGUCAUCGUAAUAUGUACUAGUAAUUCAUUUAAUCUGGCGCCAUACUGUGACAUAUUCUCUACAUCUGGAAUACCACCUGGUGUUAUAAAUUUGUUGUCCUGCGAAGACGUAAUGCCUCUAAGCGACAAUUACACUGCGACUGAGCUCAAGGACAUUUAUUAUCAGUUCACUGUAUCUAAGCAAAUCAUAACUUUGCUGUAAUUUUUAAUAGCAUAUUGUGAUUAGCAUUUGUGAUCAAGAAACCAAGAGGCUUAUGCUUGAAAAUUCUGUCACUUCAAGCGCGUUUCGAUAAUUUUAAGCAAGGAUAGCUUUUGUCACCAAUCGAUUUUAUUAUAUAAAUAAUGUACCUAUACGUAUUAUAUAACGUAUAUUU